GAGUGCAUUUCUGUCCACGUCGGGCAAGCUGGAGUCCAGAUGGGCAAUGCCUGUUGGGAGUUGUAUUGCCUGGAGCAUAACAUCCAGCCAGAUGGACAAAUUGCUAGUGAAACGAUUAAUGGCAACACGGACAGCUCCUACGACACCUUCUUCUGUGAGACUGUAGCCGGCAAGCUUAACCCCAGAGCCAUUUUUGUGGACCUGGAGCCCACAGUGAUUGAUGAGGUGCGCACUGGGACAUACAAGCGUCUCUUCCAUCCAGAGCAGCUAAUCACAGGCAAAGAGGAUGCUGCGAACAAUUAUGCCCGGGGACAUUUCACCAUUGGAAAGGACAUCAUUGAAUCGGUACUGGACCGCAUUCGAAAACUGGCUGACCAGUGUACAGGCCUGCAGGGCUUCUUGAUUUUCCAUAGUUUGGGUGGAGGCACUGGCUCUGGUUUCACCUCUCUGCUCAUGGAAAGGCUAUCAGUUGACUAUGGGAAGAAAAGCAAAUUGGAGUUUGCCAUCUACCCAGCACCUCAGGUCUCUACUGCUGUAGUGGAACCCUACAACACCGUUCUGACUACACACUCCACCCUGGAGCAUUCAGACUGUGCCUUCCUAGUUGACAACGAAGCCAUUUAUGACAUAUGCAGGAGAAACCUGGAUGUGGAGAGACCUACUUACAACAAUCUCAAUCGACUCAUUGGUCAGAUUGUGUCAUCCAUCACAGCUUCCUUACGCUUUGAUGGUGCCCUAAAUGUGGAUCUUACAGAGUUUCAGACCAACUUGGUGCCAUAUCCCCGUAUCCACUUUCCCCUAGUUGCUUACUCUCCAGUUAUAUCUUCAGAGAAGGCUUACCAUGAGCAACUAUCUGUGGCAGAAAUUACUUGUUUUUGCUUUGAGCCAUCCAAUCAGAUGGUAAAGUGUGACCCACGCCAUGGCAAAUACAUGGCCUGCUGUCUGCUGUACAGGGGUGAUGUGGUACCCAAAGAUGUGAAUGCUGCCAUUGCUGCCAUCAAAAGCAAGAGAUCCAUUCAGUUUGUAGAUUGGUGUCCCACAGGUUUCAAGGUUGGUGUCAACCACCAGCCUCCCACAGUGGUGCCUGAUGGGGAUCUAGCCAAGGUACAGCGUGCUGUCUGCAUGUUGAGCAACACCACAGCCAUUGCAGAUGCUUGGGCUCGUCUAGACCACAAGUUUGAUCUUAUGUAUGCCAAGCGAGCAUUUGUGCACUGGUAUGUAGGGGAAGGCAUGGAAGAAGGUGAGUUCUCUGAGGCCAGGGAGGAUCUGGCUGCCUUAGAGAAAGACUAUGAAGAAGUGGGCAUUGACACGGUACAGGGUUUGUAUGAGGAGGAGGAAUAUUACACAGGGACAAAGCGCAAGUCGGAUAAAAAGGGGGAAGAAAAAAGGAAAGAGCAAAAGAAGAGAAAGAAACGGAGGUGGCAGCAAGCAAGUCAGUGCAGGAGAGCGAGCGAGAGCAGGCUUGCGGCAGAUGAGCAGGCAGCCUGGGUGUUUGGCCGACACCUGGGAGAAGUAGUAGUUGUGGUUGCUCCCGUAGAGUUUGAUUUGGAGGGCGAGAGUGACCGGAAGCUGGGGCACCAUCAGCCUCCCGGCGCGGAGCCCUCACGCGGAGCGACCUGUUCCAGGAGGGCAGGUCCCAAACGACGUCAGAUCCAGGGCUCGUCGGGGCCUCAAAUCUGCAAAAUAAGCAAAGGGAGUGCCAGAAGCACUGCCUGGGUACUUGCCCCGAGCAUUCUGUCGGUCUCCGUACCGGCAGCGCUCCGCCCCCCUAUCGAUAGCCCACGACUUGCCUGUAUGGGUCCUCCAUCGCAGGUUCCCUGCCCGUCCUUCUGGUGUCAGCAGGUCCGCUCUCGCAGGCGGCUCGCCCAGCCGCCCAGGGGUUUCCCUCGGCCACCGCCGAGGACGGCCUUCAUCCGGACGGAUUCUAUCCGGCACUCGCCCUUCGGUUCCUCCUUCUUCUCUUGGACGGCCUGA